AAAAUGCGACACCCGGAAGUGUUGAAGCUUCGUAACACUGAGGCAACGUCGAGCUGAACAGGCAAAUACCAGAGAUUUACACUUAUAAAGAUCUCCAACAUGUCUGAGGAGAGCAACAAGCUGGACCCCAUCUCUGCAGUCGGAAUAGUUAGCUCACUCACCAAAAUCCCUGACGGCUACUAUGUUGUUACACAAACAACAGAUGGCUCCGACGCCGACCUGUGGAAGGACGGCUUAUUCAAAUCCAAGGUCACUCGCUACCUUUGCUUCUCCAGGAAAACUGAGCCUGAAGUUGUUGUGGAUAUGAAGCUGAUUGACAUCAAGGACCCGUUGCCAGAGUCCUUCACACCUGUGCUAGAAACAUUAGACAAAAAGGAAGCUGCCAUGAGGAAGAGGAGGCUGUGUGUGAAAAUGAGCACUCGUGAGGCUGCCGAGACAGCUGUAUGUGACAUCCAGAUCACCGCCAAAUCCAAGUACCAGCUUGUUAACUACACCUGUGUAGGAGAGAUAAACAAUAUGGGAAUAUGGUAUCGCAUGGGAGACGUUCCUCGGAGUCAGUCAUCUCACCAAACCAGGAGCGCUCCAAAACUUGACGCCCUGCACAACACAAGCAGGAUCGGCAUCAGCAGGCCACAGUAUCAGCAGCAGAACAGUGGCAUCUACACUAUGACAGUUCUCGAUGAUGUGCCAUUUAUGGUGUCGGAGAAGUUUAGUGUAAAACCUCAACAGAUGCAGCAAGUCAAUUUAAUGGGCAUUACGAUCAAAUCCCUGGCAGAGAUCGAGGAGGAAUUCCACUACAACUUCAGCACAGAACUGAGUAUUGUUCCUUAACCCCUCGUCUGGGUCUCCCUCCGAGAAUCGCAACAAGAACACUUAAAUGGACAAGAAGGAUCAUUUAUGAGUUGCACAGGGAUUUUUAGUUUCAAAUGUUGCAUGAUUUUUUCAUUUUAUUUAAGUUAUUUAAUUUCUAAAAAGUACUAGAAAAGAUACUUUGUAUGUAAUUUCUUUUAGAUAACUCUUGCAAACUUUUUGACAGUUCUUUUUUUAGCUGUGUUUCUCAAAUAGCAGCACAGGGUCAGAUUUAAACUUUCUUAUGUGCCACAAAUAAAACUAAUUCACAUUCCCAAACGGAAUAUUUGUUAAAUCUACGUUAGCUGUGACUCACGUUUCGCUCAUCAGAGCCGAUGCCUCGGGAGGAUGAAGGAGAACGCACAAACGGGUCCAUCUGAUGCUCAUUUGCCAGAAGAAGCAUCUUUCUGUCAGGAAGUUGAUCAUGAGCAGCACACGGCACGAAUGAGCGGAGCCUGGAGACGUGGAGCGUUUACCCCAGACACCCACACACACGUCAACAGUGGCUCCUUCACUGACUCAGCUCUUUUAAAAGCACCACUAUCUUAAGUUUUAGCGGUGGAGAAUAUUCAUCCAGUCUGCUGCAUAUCCUGAGGAAAUAAUUAAUAGAACUUGGACUUCAUUGACCUGAAUUAUUCUGACAGCAAUUAAACUUAUGAUUUAUUUUUCUGUGCUAAAACACAAUGGCUUAGAAUUUUUUUUUCUUUCUUUUUAAAUGUGAAAAAAAAAACAAUCAUUCUAGUAAUAAAGCAGAAUUUUAAUAACAAAGCACGACUAUUUUAUUGCUGCUCUAGUUUCAUUUGCAAUUGAGUACACUUCCUUGCAAAUUUACCAGGUGUAAUUAGUAUCAGACGCUCGUACACAGACUAACAUCCUGGCUGUUAAUUAUACUCUCAUUCUGCUAAGUUUGCUACAACCUGUGAACUUAUAGCUUUUGCCAACUGUGUGAUUUUUUUUUUAAUUAUGAUUUUAUUAAAUUUUUUUUUUUGACCAAAACUCCUAAUGGCUUUUGAUAUUCACAGGUGUUUAAUGAAGCAGGCGGCAGAUGACAGCCCUCUGCAAGCGUUUGGUUUGUUGCUGUGCUCUGCUGCUAAAAUCAGAGCGACUGAGGAAUUCUCUGCAGAGGGAACAGCUUUCACGCUCCUUCGCGAAGGUGACACUCAUGUCAGCGAAGCCCCGGAGAACGUGACAGGCUUCGACAGCCUCCCUCCCUGCUGGUUCACACAGUGCAUCUAUGCAGUGUGCCAUAUGCAUACUGCAUGACUGCAAAAAACAUAGUUAAGAUUUGCAAACUAAUGUGCCAGGAAUUUUUAAUAUCACACGAACAUUUUGGGCUUUGUUUUCAUUCUAGAUGCUCCACUUGCUGUAAGCGUUCACCACUUCUGUGGUUUCUUUGUGACGUUGUUUUGUUCUACUCUUUGAAAAUAGACUUGGGGCGUUUUUAAAUGUCAGCAAUUAAAAUAAUUAAAAUUGUAUUAAAGAAUAUUAGGCUGUAAUUCUAUUAUGAUUGAAUAUAUUUUUUUGGCAAUGAAUCCAACUUAAAAAGCUUGUUUAGAAAAUGAAAAUGUUUGGCUAACUGUUUAAGCUUAUUUAUUCACAUGGGUGGUAUUAUGAAUAAUUACAUAACCUUGGUUGUAAUAGGCCAAGGCUGCAAAAGGACAGUUUUUAAGUUUAGAAAGAUUUUUAGUCUAAGAAAAA